UAGACGCGAGAGAAAUUAGAAGGGUUUGGCAGGGAACGGAAGCAGGGACACACACUGACACAGGCAAGCGCACUCUCAACGACGGAAGAUAAGGGAUUUUCGAGGAACAUUUUGCUAACCGUUUCCUCACUAACAUUUCGCAAUCCUUUUGGUGUUUUCUACGGAUAUUAAAACACCUAACUACUGUAACCCUUCCUUCCCAGGAUGGAGGAGAUUGUUGUAGCAGGGAUAUCGGGCCGGCUUCCUGAGUCGGACAACCUGGAGGAAUUCUGGGAGAACCUCUUCAAUGGGGUUGACAUGGUAACAGAAGAUGACCGACGGUGGAAGCCAGGUCUGUAUGGUCUUCCCAAGAGGAACGGCAAGCUGAAGGAUAUCAGCCGGUUCGAUGCUGCGUUCUUCGGGGUCCAUCCCAAACAGGCCCACACCAUGGACCCUCAGCUUCGCCUCAUGCUGGAGAUUGCCUACGAAGCCAUUGUAGACGGAGGUCUGAACCCGACAGAGCUGCGUGGCAGCAGGACAGGUGUUUACAUUGGGGUGAGCGGCUCGGAGGCGGGCGAGGCCUUCAGCAGAGACCCCGAGGAGUUGCUAGGAUACAGCAUGACGGGCUGCCAGCGUGCCAUGUUUGCAAACCGUCUGUCCUACUUCUUUGACUUCAACGGCCCUAGCACAGCAAUCGACACUGCCUGCUCCUCCAGCCUAUUGGCUUUGGAGAACGCCUUCAACGCCAUUCGCCACGGACACUGUGACUCCGCCCUGGUAGGAGGGGUCAACCUGCUGCUCAAGCCAAACACCUCGGUGCAGUUCAUGAAGCUGGGCAUGCUCAGUCCGGACGGAACCUGCAAGUCCUUCGACUCCUCAGGAAACGGGUACUGUCGUUCAGAGGCUGCGGUGGCGGUGCUUUUGACCAGACGCUCCAUGGCUAAGAGGGUAUACGCCACGGUACUCAACGCUGGUAACAACACUGACGGAUACAAGGAGCAGGGUGUGACGUUCCCUUCAGGUGAGAUGCAGCAGCGGCUGGUACGUUCUCUCUACCAGGAGGUCAACAUCACACCUGACCAGGUGGAGUACAUAGAGGCCCACGGCACCGGGACCAAGGUCGGCGACCCACAGGAAGUGAAUGGGAUUGUCAGUGUGUUCUGUCAAUCAAAGCGUGACCCGCUGCUCAUUGGGUCCACCAAGUCCAACAUGGGCCACCCAGAGCCCGCCUCUGGCCUGUCUGCUCUGGCCAAGGUUGUGUUGUCUCUGGAGCGAGGUGUGUGGGCUCCCAACAUCCACUACAACAGCCCCAACACCGACAUCCCUGCCCUUAGUGACGGCCGCCUCCGCGUCGUCAACGAGCCCAUACCAGUCCGCGGCGGCAUCGUUGGGAUCAACUCCUUCGGAUUUGGAGGCUCCAACGUUCACGUGAUCCUCCGCCCCCCUGGUUUUGACACCCCAAAAAACGCCAAAGAUCUUGGGGGGAGCCCCUUUGAGUCCUCUCCAGUACCCAGGCUCCUUCAGGCCUGCGGGCGCACAGAGGAGGCUGUCUCCACCCUCCUCAGCAAGGGGAAGGAACACUCGGACAAUGACAACUUCCUGUGUCUGCUGAACGAGGUGUCUGGGGUGCCCACAGCGGGGAUGCCCUACAGGGGCUACGCUCUGAUUGGCUCCAAGGAUGAUGUCACAGAGGUGCAGAAGACUGAGGCCACGCCCAGACCACUGUGGUACGUCUGCUCAGGUAUGGGCACCCAGUGGGGUGGGAUGGGCCGCAGUCUGAUGCAGCUGCCAGAGUUCCGGGAGUCCAUCUUGCGUUCGGACUUAGCAUUGAAGGACACGGGGAUGUGUGUGUCCAGUCUGCUCAUGGAGGCUGAUGAGAGCACCUUCGAGGACACCAUCCAAGCCUUCGUAGGCCUCGCUGCCAUACAGAUCGCCCAGAUUGACCUGCUCCAGAAGCUGGGUCUGCAGCCAGACGGCAUUGUGGGCCACAGCGUGGGAGAGCUGGCCUGUGGCUAUGCCGACGGAUCCCUCAGUCACAGUGAGGCUAUCCUGGCAGCAUACUGGAGAGGGAGGUCCAUUAACGAAGCUAACCUGCCCCCUGGUGGCAUGGCUGCAGUCGGUCUGACCUGGGCAGAGUGUAAGGCACAAUGUCCCCAGGGUGUGGUUCCAGCCUGUCACAACGCUGAAGACACCGUCACCAUCUCUGGCCCUGCGGAGGCAGUGAGUCGGUUUGUAUCAGAGCUGAAGGAGAGUGGUGUGUUUGCCAAGGAGGUUCGUAGUGCUGGUGUAGCCUUCCAUUCUUACUACAUGGCCUCCAUCGCUCCCGCCCUGCUGGCUGCUCUCAAGAGGGUGAUCAAGGAGCCUAAGCUGAGGUCUUCCAGGUGGAUCAGUACAUCUAUCCCCCAGAAGGACUGGGACAGCCCGCUGGCUCUGUACUCCUCAGCAGAGUACCAUUGUAAUAACCUGGUCAGCCCUGUCCUCUUCCAGGAGGGCCUGAGCCUGGUGCCUGAUAACGCUGUGGUUGUGGAGAUAGCACCACACGCUCUGCUGCAGGUUAGACUACACGCUAUAGACAGCACCACACGCUCUGCUGCAGUCUUGGGUAAGAUGGUGGCCCUGUGGAUGGUGACGUCCUCGAAGAUGGUAGCUGAGGUGGAUCCUCCAGAACCAGCAGGGAAGUCCUCAGCCUUGGGUACGUCCCAGGUCUGGGUGUGGUCCCACUGCACCAGGGGGGAGAUCAGAGGGGUGCCCGCGGGCACCGGGUACUCCACGGGCGGGUACAGCUGCUUACUGUCCACGUUGAUCCUGGACACAAAGGAGAGAUGCUUGCUCUCUCUCUCUCUCUGUCUCCCUCUCUCUCUCUCUCCCCACAGGUGUGCAUUUGUGUCCAACCUGUGUGAGUCCACUGUGGCGCCCACCCUGCAGCCUACCCAUAGUUCCAUGAGGUCUGUGCUGGAGGGAGACCUGUGUAUGAACGUGUUCAGGGAUGGACACUGGGGAAUGUUCAGACACCAGCUCAUCUCUCAGGAUCUGAGUGAGGAGUUGACAGAGCAGGCGUACGUUAACGUGUUGACCCGGGGUGACCUCUCCUCCCUGCGUUGGAUCGCCUCGCCCCUCCGUCAUUUUGUGGCGAGCAGCCCCCACGUGCAGCUGUGUCGCGUCUACUACAGCUCCCUCAACUUCAGAGACAUCAUGCUGGCCACCGGGAAGCUGCCACCGGACGCCAUCCCAGGUGACCUGGCCCUGCAGCAGUGCAUGUUGGGUAUGGAGUUCUCAGGUCGUGACCCCAGCGGUAGGCGUGUGAUGGGGCUGUUACCUGCUAAAGGCCUGGCCACUUGCGUCGACGCUGACACACGCUUCCUCUGGGAUGUCCCAGACAGCUGGACCCUGGAGCAGGCCGCGUCGGUGCCAGUGGUCUAUGCUACAGCCUACUACUCGCUGGUGGUGCGAGGCAGGCUCCGCCCAGGCGAGAGUGUUCUCAUCCACUCAGGGUCAGGGGGCGUUGGCCAGGCUGCCAUCGCCAUCGCACUCAGUCAGCGCUGUAGGGUUUUUACUACUGUUGGUUCAGCAGAGAAGCGUGCCUACCUACAGGAGCGUUUCCCCCAGCUCACCGCUGAGUCCUUCGGCAACUCUAGAGACGCCACCUUCGAACAGCACGUCCUGCUACACACACAGGGAAAAGGAGUGAACAUGGUGUUGAACUCCCUGGCUGAGGAGAAACUGCAGGCCAGUCUUCGCUGUCUGGCCCGACACGGACGCUUCCUGGAGAUCGGCAAAUACGACCUAUCCAACAACUCCCCUCUGGGAAUGGCUCUCUUCCUGAAGAACGUGGCGUUCCACGGAAUCCUACUGGACGCCCUGUUUGAGGAGGGGAACAGGGAGUGGGAGGAGGUGUCCCAGCUGCUGAAGGAAGGCAUUGUGGGAGGUGUAGUCAAGCCCCUGAGGACUACAGUGUUUGAGAGAGACCAGGUGGAGGAGGCCUUCAGAUACAUGGCCCAGGGAAAACACAUCGGCAAAGUCCAGCUGCAGGUGCGUUCUGAGGAGAUGGGUAAUGGUACCCAGGCGGUGGGCUCGCCCCUCUCCCUCCCCGCCAUCUGCCGUACCUUCUGCCCCGCCUCCCACUCUUACAUCAUCACCGGGGGACUGGGUGGCUUCGGGCUGGAGCUCGCCCAUUGGCUGACGGAGAGGGGCGCCCGCAAACUGGUGCUCACCUCCAGAUCGGGCAUCCGCAACGGUUACCAGGCCAAGCGUGUGCGGGAGUGGCAGGGGAUGGGCGUGCAGGUGCUGGUGUCCACCAGUGACGUCAGCACCCAGGAGGGGGCAGAGCAACUCAUUAACGAGGCCUGCAGGUUGGGGCCUGUGGGAGGAGUCUUUCACCUUGCCAUGGUGUUGAAGGAUGGUAUGCUAGAGAAUCUGACUCCUCAGCUGUUCCUGGAUGUCAACAAACCCAAAUACAACGGCACCCUCCACCUAGACAAUGUGACCAGAAAGAUGUGUCCAGACCUCAGUUACUUCGUAGCCUUCUCCUCUGUGAGCUGCGGCCGCGGCAACGCCGGCCAAAGUAACUAUGGUUACGCCAACUCCGCCAUGGAGCGCGUGUGUGAGCAGCGGCUCCACGAUGGCCUGCCUGGAUUGGCUGUCCAGUGGGGCGCCAUUGGUGACGUGGGCGUUGUCCUGGAGACCAUGGGCGGUAAUGACGUGGUGGUGGGUGGGACUCUCCCGCAGCGCAUCACUUCCUGUUUGGAGGUGCUGGACCGCUUCCUGUGCGAGCGGCGUCCGGUGAUGUCGAGCUUCGUGCUGGCCGAGAGGAGCGUGGUGAAGAGCGAAGGAACAGGACAGAGAGACCUGGUGGAGGCUGUUGCUCAUAUACUGGGUGUACGUGAUGUCAGCAGCCUGAACGCUGAUGCCUCAUUGGCUGAUCUCGGUCUGGACUCUCUGAUGGGCGUGGAAGUGCGUCAGACACUGGAGCGCGACUACGACAUUGUCAUGGCGAUGAGGGAUAUCCGACAGCUCACCAUCAACAAGCUCAGAGAGCUGUCAAGCCAACCGGCAGGAACAGCAGAGUCCCGUCAGUCUCCGGUGAAGAAGGGAGGAGUGCGUUCUCUGUUGGAGUCGGACCUCAGUUUGAUGCUGGUCAACCCAGACAGCCCCACGGUCUCACGUCUCAACGAGGUGCAGAGUGUUGAGCGCCCGCUGUUCCUGGUCCACCCUAUAGAGGGCUCCAUCGCUGCCUUCCGAACGCUCACCGCCAAGCUCAGUGUUCCCUGCUACGGCCUGCAGUGCACUAAAGCUGCUCCUUUGGACAGUAUCCAGUCUCUGGCUGCAUACUAUGUGGAGUGUAUAUCUCAGGUGCAAUCAGAGGGUCCGUACCGGAUCGCCGGAUACUCCUUUGGAGCCUGCGUGGCCUUUGAGAUGUGUUCUCAGCUGCAGGCACAGGGUAGGACCGUAGAGUACCUCUUCCUUUUCGACGGAUCACACUCCUACGUCGCCGCUUACACACAGAGCUACAAAUCCAAGCUGACCCCUGGUAAAGAGUCAGAGGCAGAGACUGAAGCUAUGUGUGCCUUCAUCCAGCAGUUUACUGGCAUCGAGUACAGCAAGUUGUUGGAGACCCUCCUCCCUCUGUCUGAUCUGAAAGCCCGUGUCAACAUGGCGGUGGACCUCAUCACCUCCAGCCAUAAGAACGUCAGUAAAGACUCCCUGCGAUUCGCCGCCACCUCAUUCUACUACAAACUCAAGGCUGCCGACGGUUACGUCCCGGCAACCAAAUACCAUGGCAACGUCACCCUGCUCCGCGCCAAGGCCAGCAGCGACUACGGAGACAACCUGGGGGCCGACUACAAACUGAACGAGGUGUGUGAUGGUAAGGUGUCGGUUCACGUCAUCGAGGGAGACCACCGCAGCUUCCUGGAAGGAGAGGGGGUUGAGUCUAUCAGGAGCAUCAUCCACAGCUCAUUGGCCGAGCCACGCAUCAGUGCCCGAGAGGGUUAGACUAGUCCCGCACAUUCCCAGCCCUCUCUCCCAAUAGCAUCAACUUCUCCUAUCAUCAAAUCUAAACCCCAUUGAUCAAUACAUAUAAUGGACGCAAUCCCCCACCAAUUAAAGCUCGUCUCGUUGCCACAGGGUAUGUUCCCAUGGGAACAAAACGUGCUGUAUGUUAUGCUACCAAUAAGGUCCUCUCUUUUUUAUUUAUUUUUUAUCCUGUCUCUUUAUCAUGUUUGGAACGGUAGAAUACAUGUCCAUACUGAUAAUCCUGCUACAACUGGAAACACGCUGGCUCAACCCAAUAGCUAGCCUAGCAUGUGAGCCUGGCUGUGUUGCCAACUGACUAGUGACUAGAUAACCUAGCUGCUGUGUUAUGAUACUGCUAAACGGUGUGUCGUUACCUUGAUGAUAAAGCUGUGUGGGUCGACCCUUUUAUCUACUCACGGUGUGUUUGUGUGUGUAUUUGCAUGUUUUAUCUUAUGCCAAACCCUAGCAGUGCCCUAAUGAUGCAGACAUAGGUCUGUUCGACCUGGACGUUUUCUCCUGUCUCUUUCACAUGUCUAACACCUGUUCAAGCUCUGUACCUGUUACCAAGUGUGACGUUGACAUUGAUACAUGGUUGUCUGUGUUUGGGUAGGUUUUAUUCUGUUUGUUUUGCAUCAGGGUUUGUUUACCAGAUUUGGUCAGAAGUGAAGUUUUGAUCCCUAUUUUAGUAGAUUUUGAUGUGUUUUGUUGCCUUGCAGAGAUGGUGACUGUUGUAGUAUUGUUACACUGGUCUACUUAAGGUAGGUUCACACAGUGACGUGCAUAAGACUCCUCAACUUGAGAACUAAAGGUGUUACUGUCGCUACAAGGAAAUGGAUAAAGUGUUUGACUGAUGCCGUAUUUGAUCACGUUAAUGACUUUAUUACCUAUUCAGCUGUUUCCUAGACUCCAUGUCUUCCCAGUUAAGAACUGAACCUUUGGAAAACAACAGUAUUCUUCUGGGUUGAGAUGUGUCUGUGUGUGUUUUCUUUCCUGUGUGAGUACACCUUUUUAAGAGGACUGAUUAGAUAUCUACAGUUCACGUUUCUAUGAUGUCGGGUUCUUUGACAGAAAAAAAGUCAUUUAAUUUGCUGCUGUUUAAAAAUGUAUGAUGUUCUAUGUGACUACAAUGGAUUACUAAAUUAACAUUGUUGUCUUUUCCUUAAAUGGGAAGACAUUUUCCAACAUUCCUGAAAUAUUGUUACACAAGACUCAUUUUAAAUAUUUGAAUAUUACUGCUGUCAACAUGCAAUGCUUUAAAACUCGUUGGCACUUAUUUGAAAGGAAUUUGAGCAAUAGUCCAGUAUUUGGGUAGUGCCAUACAAAUGAUGUCCUGCUAAACCUAUGGUCGUGUUCACUAGGGCACAACGUAGCAAAAUGCUUUGCAACUGAAGAUGAGCGUUCAUUUUUGGUGCCCACUGAACAUGACCAGAUUUGACUGUCUCACUGAAAGAGUAGUAGUUUGUCCAAGCUUCCAUUUUGUUUGUAAUGUGGAAUCAUUGAUCUGAAGAACGGGCCUUGUUGAGGAGUAGGUAGAAUUGACCCCUAACCACUAGUCCAGAAACAGAUAUUUUACUGUCCUCCCGUUAGGACUGUUGGGAGGGUAAUCUGAUCCUAUUGUAGAUCUGUGGUUACGAGGCAACUUUAUACUUCUAUCUGUUUUUGACUCCCAUGAUCUUUGCUGUCCCCUAAAGGUCCUCUAAGAUCUUGGGUCCAAUCCCAGAAUGCAACAGACUGACCUGACUUCUGAGACUUCUAAUCAGGUCUAUGAAGAGUCGGGUGACUAAUUUGAACCCUGUGAUUGGCUGCAGUAAAAAGGAGGAGGAAAUUGACGAUGUGCUUCUCUAGUUGUAUUUAUUGUAUUAGUCCAAAUAAAGAGGUAUCACUAACA